GAAGUCAGCUGACGCGGCGUUGCGGAGGUCACGUGAUGGUGGGCGGAGCGGCGGGCGCAGGCGCAGAUCUUGGACGGCUGGGUCAGCUGACCCGAGGGGGAGUUCGAGCGGAUUUAGGCCUGUCUGUGGCGUCUCGGAGACGCUGCCGCAGCCAUGGCCAGUCAGUCGCAGGGCAUCCAGCAGCUGCUCCAGGCCGAGAAGCGGGCCGCCGAGAAGGUGUCCGAGGCCCGCAAGCGAAAGAACCGGAGGCUGAAGCAGGCCAAAGAAGAAGCCCAGGCUGAAAUUGAACAAUACCGCCUGCAGAGGGAGAAGGAGUUCAAGGCCAAGGAAGCUGCGGCUCUGGGAUCCCAUGGCAGUUGCAGCACUGAAGUGGAGAAGGACACCCAGGAGAAGAUGACCAUCCUUCAGACUUACUUCCGGCAGAACAGGGAUGAAGUCCUGGAUAACCUCUUGGCCUUUGUCUGUGACAUCCGGCCAGAAAUCCACGAGAAUUACCGCAUAAACGGAUAAGGGAAGAGCGCUGUGCCGUGGAUUGGCAUUUUAGAUGCCUUCAUAGAAUAUGAGGCUUUAGCAAGGCUUGGGUUAUAUUCUUGUGAAAAGGCAUUAAAUUAUUUCUGUAUAUUAUAUAAUAGGUCCCUUCACUUUUUGCAGAAUAGCAGUUGUAGCUUCUUUGUACAAACUUAUAGCCUAUCCAAAGAUUUUAUCUUUUUACCUCAUAUUUCUUAGAAACUUAAUGGGUAUAUGUUGUCUGUUUUCCUAUGCCUUUUUGCUCAAGUGGCAUAUUAUGAACACUGACUUUUUCUUUCUUAGAUAUAUAUAUUUUUUUUAAUUUUAAGUCAUAGCUUUAUGUUGCAACUCUACUUAUUCAAAAGUUAGAUCAUGAAGGUUCCUUCCUAUGACCUUAGAUAUAGUUUAAAAAAAAACAAUUUUCUUAAGAAAGAAAGGGAUUAAAUAUUUUUUUUUCCUUAAAUCUUUCUUGAAGGUCAGGGGCUUUAUCUAUGAAAAAGUAGUAAAUAGUUACUUGUAACCUAUGUGAACAGCCAGCCUUAAAAUAGUCCUUUCCGGCUAAGAGUUAGAACAGUGGGUACUAGUAUUGGGCUGCUUUUGGUUUCUCUUAUUUAAAAUUACUAGAUGAUAGAAUUCAAAACUUGUUACAUGUCACUACUUGGUGUACUGAUAGUGUACUAAUAAUCAUUUAAAAGUCAAGACUCUGUCAUGCAUAUUUUUCCCCUCUGCUUCAUCCUCUUUGAUAAUGCAAACUGCACUUUGACCCAGAUGUUCUGCAGAAUUUCAGUAAGGAAAUUAAAUUAGCACAUGUAUCACACACAUUAACAUACAUACUUAGAAAAUAUUCAUGGUACGUAUCUUAGCAGGAAGGAAAUCACUUGUGAUUUCACCCAACAACUGUUUCGAAAAACAUCAAGCAGGGGACUUCCCUGGUGGUCCAGUGGUUAAGAAUCCACCUUCCAAUGCAGGGGACAAGGGUUCGAUCCCUGGUCAGGGAACUAAGAUCCCACAUGCUGCGGGGCAACUCAGUCCUCGCUCUGCAGCUACUGAGCCUGUGCGCUCUGGAGCCUGCUCGCUGCAAUGAAGACUCAUUGCAGCCAAAAAAUUUAAAAAAAAGAGCACACCAAAAAACCAGCAAGCAACUAGUAGAUCUGAAGUUUGCUUUUUCUCUAGAGCUCCCUGUCCUGGGGCAGCCUUGGAUGGGUUAUCAAGCAUAUUUCCUUCCUGGUGGGCUAAAUGCUCAGUGCAGUACCUAUUAGUAACUUCACUCUAGCACUUAAGAAUUAAAUGCCCUCUGAGCUUCCCUGGUAGCGCAGUGGUUAAGAAUCCGCUUGCCAACGCAGGGGACACGGGUUCGAGCCCUGGUCUGGGAAGAUCCCACGUGCCGCGGAGCUACUGAGCCUGCGCUCUAGAGCCUGCCUGCUACAACUACUGAAGCCCACGUGCCUGGAGCCCAUGCUCUGCAGCAAGCGAAGCCACCACAACGAGAAGCCCAUGCACCGCAACGAAGAGUAGCCCCCGCUCACCACAGCUAGAGAAAGCCCACGCAGCAAUGAGGACCCAAUGCAGCCAAAAAUAAAUAAAUUAUAUUUUUUUAAAAAAAUGCCCUCUGACCCACUAGAAGCUGUAAGUCUUCGGCUGCAAGAUAAUUUCUGGUACAUAGAAACAAUUGAAAGAACAUCGUGCUGAAACUACGGGGGAAUUAGAUGGCCUUUUAAAAAAUUGUAUCUUUUAUGUGACUGAGGAUGGGUGGAUCUCAGGCCACUUCUGUCUCUAGUUGCUGUUCCCUCUUACAGAAUUCCUCAUAAGAAUUUUCUAUACGAGCUUUUCCAUUUUUUACUGUUCAAGCACUCCAGUCAGGCUUGCCAUGCCAUUGAAACUGCUCGUCAGGGUCAGCAAUGAUGACCAAGUUGGCGUCCAAUCCUCUGCCUGCUUGACCUUCAGUAUCAUUGGACAGGAUCGGCUGUUCCUUCUUGAGCCACUUUCUUAGCCUCCCUUCUGCAGCCAUGAGCUGCCUUGCCUCUCCAGUCUCUUGCUGGCUCCUCCCAAUCUUUUCCUGUGGUUUUGUUCUUGGAUGUCUCUACAUCCCCUUUUGAGACCAUCUACAUUUCAUGGCUUUGGUACCAUCUAUAUUGAAGACCCAAAUUUAUAUCUCCAACUCUCCUGAACUCUAGAAUUCUCAGAUUGCUUAUUUGAUAUUUUCAUUUAGUUAUCUAAUAAGCAUCUCGAUCCUAAUAUGUCCCAAACUAUACCUGGUUUUGUUAGGACUUUACUCCUGGUAUUGCUAAGUGUAUCCAGACCACGGUCAGCAGUGUCCUUGACCUCUACCCACUGGAUGCCAAUAGUACCCCGUCAGUUGUGACAACCAAAAAUGUCCCCAGACGUGGUCAAAUGUUCCCUGGGGACCAAAACCACCCAGUUGACAACCACUUUUAAAGCAACAACAAAAUUAAUUGAAAGUACCACAUGAUCCCUGGAACAUUCUAGGUACUCAAAAAAUGUUUCCUAAUUUUCUAAAAUUUGGUUGUUUUCUCAUCCUAAUCAUCCUUGAUUAUAUGUCUAAUAAUAGCUCUUAUUUGUUGGUAUAGGAUAUACUCUGAAGUCUCAGUGGCUUAAUACAACAAAGAUUUCUUACAAUGUUUGAUACAUGUUGGGUGACCAAGGCAGCUGUUCUCCAUGUGGUGAUGCAGUGAUUCAGACCAUUUCCAGUUUGUGGCUCUACCAUUUUAGCACAUGGUUCCCAUGAUUCCAGAGGCAAGGAAAGAAAAAGUUGGCACACAUGCACCAGCUCGUCUAUGCUUACGUCCUGAAAUAAAUGACACUUGUUCUAAGCUCAUUGACCCUCGUGCGUCAUAUGAGCCAACCUGACUGCAAGGGAGGCUAAGAAAUAAGGCACAUCCUGUGGUUAUUUGGUGAGUAAAAAAUCUCUCUGCUAUAAUUGCCAACAGUAGCUCUCUCCAUGCCAGCUAGUGACCACGUGCAUUGUUCACGAGCAAUAAUAUUUUGAAAGGCAUCUUUUUUCCUUAGUAGUGGGUCUCAACAGUGGGUUUCAAAUGUUCAGUAAACCAUGUUGUAA